AUGACUUCCUCCGCAUGGGAGGCAAUCAAUACUGUUUUCAGCACCCUAUUUAGCCUUCUUCAACGCAGAGAUCUCAAUCGCGUUGUCGGCCCGGCGCAGCGAAACCCACACCCGUUUGGAACUCGGGAGUGGAAAGACUUCGUAGAUGCUCAAGCUACGUACCACGAAAGAAUGGUACUUAGGAUGGCUGAUCUAGAAGCCCAGGUGAACCAGACCACCGAACUCGCAGAGGCGCUCCAGGAGAUGGCUAAUUGCCAAGCUUCCAUGAUCAAAGACCUGAGGCUGGAAAAUGCUGCGCUCCGGAACGGGCCAGACAUCGAAAUCUUGGAGCGGAUAUAUGAGAAAAUGCACACGCCUGUUAAGAAACCCGCUCAGGAAGCUAUAGCCAAGGCACAGCCUCCCGAGCAAGGCAGCUCGGAGCCUGGCAAUGCCACGGUUAGUUCGGUUGCUGGAUCCACCAACUUCGCAGCUAACAAGGCCAGUGAAUCUAGCAACCGUGUCCCAGAGACUAUCGUGUCGCCUGGGGCGAGGAUCCCUGCGCGGCCACUGACCCUCGCUGAGGAGCUGGAGACACAUCUCAGAGAGGAGUUCGAAGACGAAUCUGAAGCGGUUGAUCCGUGA